AUGCCUCCCCCCGCCUUCCAUUUCAAGUCGUAUUCCGCAGAUGAAGGCAACGCGUCUCGCCUUCUCGCCUCUUGCGCUUCGCACCCCUCUGGCGGGCGUGCCCGUUCGCGGUGCGUGCCCACCGGAGACGGGAAACCAAGCGCUCGUACAGUCCACUUGGUACCUGGUUUUCGGGGAUCUCUGAACCUUUCCUCGAGGUUUUCGCCGCCUCUGUUCAUCGCUUCGUCGCCUUCAGGGACGAGACGCCUUCUCUCCUUUGCAUCGCCCUCCUGUGCGCAGUCUGUGCGUCAUCCGGCAGCCGCGCCGACCUCUCCUGCAGCGUCUGCCUGUUUUGCGCCUUCUUCCCGCAGCCAGUCUAUCGCGCUUUUUGCCGAGCCGCCGCCGUCCCCGCCCGCGUCGCCUCGCGCGCAAGCUGUUCUGGAGGAAAUCAAAAAACUCACUCUCGUGGAGGCAGCCGAGCUUGUUUCGCUGAUUGAGGCAACGUUCGGCGUUUCCGCGCGGCUAGCAGUCGCGGGGCCAGGAGCCGGGGCAGCGCCUUCAGACGCCGAAGCAGAGGAGAAGAAGGAGGCGCCUCCAGAGAAGACGCAGUUCGACGUGGUGAUAAAAGCCGUGCCGCUCGAUAAACGCAUCGCUGUCAUCAAGACACUGAGGACCGUGCGAACCGACCUGGGCCUGAAGGAGGCGAAAGCAGUGAUUGAUGCGCUGCCCAACACAAUUCUCAAACAAGUCGACAAAGUCAAGGCCGAGGAAGUCCGGAAAACUCUCGCAGACGCCGGCGCGGAGAUCGCGAUUGAAUAG